AAAGCAAGCGGAGUUCUAGCAAGGGGAGAUGUUCUGAGCUUCUAAAGGCCAAGAACUCGCUGCGUUUGCUGGCCGAUGGCGAGGCAGUAGGAGAUGACAGCAAUAGAGACAGCUUGGACUUGAAGAAAGGAAAUGGAGAGAAAAUUCGUCUGAAAGAACAGAGAUUGAGCAGACAUGUGAUUGCCAAAACUGUACAAUCCAAUGAGAUCUCAGUAUAGCACACCAUGACCUUGCAAUAGUUACAAUCCUGUGUGGCACGGGUAUUCAGUAGCAGCUCCUCGAUCACCCCAAAAGCUAGAGAUUGAGUAGGAUUGGCAGCCAGAGCUGGCCUUCAGUGGAAGGGGAUCUCCAUCAAACAUAGAUCUCGCAACCUGGCGCUGGCCAAGUCCUUGGUUGAGAGCCUUGCUUGUGCUCUAGGCCGGCUAUGCCCCCCUUAGUGUCUACCGUCAGCUCAGAUCUGAGGAAACACUCCAGGGAAGUUUCUUGGAGGAAGAAUCCCCGGAUUAUCUCAUUGCAAUCCAUCAAGCUGCGCCAUGCUUCGCUGAACAAUAGCGUACAGUACAAAGUACUCUAGCUAGUACGUACUACGCUGUACGUGCCUAAAACACCUACCGUUGCAGUAUAUAGCUUGCCUGUAUGGUACCGGUAUCGUGUUGUACACACCGCGCUUACAUGUAUGGUACCGCAUGGUAGAGAUUGGUGGUGGACUAUUGGCUUCCCUACCUUGUACGUCAAAUGAAAUUUUCGUUGUCCCGCCCUCAGUUGUAGCAACCUCCUUUCGAGGAUACUGUUACUGUCUCAGAAGGAGGAGGUUCAUUACUACUAAAGCCAUACUAUCAAUAGGAAGGAUUUGGAUGCCGAGCCAACGAAUCCCACCAUGGCGUCUAAUCUUCGGAGAUCUCCAAGCGGUGGUGCACAUGGGAACAGUGCGCAAGAGUAUCGUCGUGGGAUGCAAGAGGAGUUAGACGGUUUUCAGAAGCUGUAUAUGUCUCAACAUUGCGACCAAGGUGGUCUUGAAUACGCUGUCAUGAAUCAAAUGAACGACAUUAUGUGGGAGACUGGCGCUAUCAUAAAAGCAAUUCCAAGCUACAAGAGUGGCAAGAAUCCCAAUUACUAUGAAGAAUACUUCUCCUGCCUCGCGCAGUCGGAUUGUACGAACACAACGGAGUGCAGAGACCUCGUAUCGAAAGAAUACCAGGGUCGCAGAUGGAGCUAUUUUCAACAUCUCAGUGCAUACCAAAAUGGGAUCACGCGGAAGGACAACCAAAGGCUCGACAAGGUUGAACUAUGGCGACGUUUUCACUUGAGGGAACCACCACCCCCUGUACUCUGCACAUGGUAUUUCGACCCGCAACGUAAGGUCGGUGACAUACAGACAGUCUUGCCAACAACAUGGAGGUACAUAGAUGGAGCGUCGGAUUUUCUGUGUCCCAGCUUUUCGAACUGCGCUAAUCAACAGCAAACCUUCGAGUUUGGAUCUGUUCAUGUUGCUGUCGGAUUCGUUGAUUUGGGGCUCCUGAUUGAUUCGACUUUUCGAAGCGACAUGUCAACAGCACCAAUGCUGUUUCGUGGCUUUGAUGCUAACUCUUUUGUGGUAGCAAGGACUAUGGUGUUCUGGGAAAUGAUGCAGUCUCCCAAAGUGGAGCCUCGGUGGGUCGUGCAGGUUUGGUAUUCGACAGUGUGGUCGAAGCGAGCGACCAACGAGUUUCUUGCAGCUGCCCGUCGCGUCGUUGCCAACGAGUGUGCUGAUGAGGAGCGCCACCCGGCAACAGUGAGGGUGCUCCUUCACCACUGGUCCAAUUCCAAAGGAGUGGGCCUCAAGAAGAUCGUGCGUCGGCGCGGUCCGCUUCGAAACGAGAGCUCGGAUGCGCUAUAUUUUGCUGCCAAGGAUGACCGGGUGGAAAUGUUGCGUUACCACCUCACGGGAUCAUUCGGUCUUCAAGGAGAUGCCCCUUGCUCCGGAAGCAUUUUGAUGUUUGAUAAUCCGCUGAAGAUUGUCAAGUCUGAACGACACAGUGUGUUCGAGACGCUAUCUCUAAAGGAUGUUGUGUGCAGCGAAGAGUGGAAUGGGAGUUUCUUCCAAACCGCAGAGAAAGUAAAAGAGGCUCGAGUCCGCACCCUGAUGGAGCAUGCUCAGGCAGGACGGGUCAAGGUGAAGUUGAGUGUAUCACUGCUUGAUCCAGAUCUUACGUCCCCCGCCAUUGCAGAGAUCAGGGAGCUGAACCCGAAGAGUAUCUCAUGGUCAAACAUUCUGGAUUAUAUGACCCCAAGUGAGUUCCACAAGGUUGCCAAAGCAUGCUCUGAAACAGCCAUUCAUUCCGGUUAUUCCAUGAAUUGGACGAGAGAUGUCUUUGGGGCACACCUCAUUGACUACCCAACGACAAGCAUGGAAAUCAUCCGAGAUGCCGAGCGCAAAUCCGAAUUGGAAGUCAAAAAGCUGUGUAAAGGUCGUGGUCGCAUAUUCUCGGUGCCGUUCCAGCAUAACCCUCUCAAUACGACCAUCAGUCUCCUUGCCAGCCGAUGCCACUCCUACUGGGCAGCCCACUUCUUUCGAUCCAGUGGUUUCGAGCUCUUGGAGGUGAGGACAUUGGAAAGCACCGGAAAUCCCUUGAGCAGGAUAAACUCGACUGUGGUAUGCAGGUGGGCUUAUAACAUUGCAGCUUAGGAGACUUUGUACCGUGGAUAGCUCAGCACACUUGUUUGCAGAAAGAAGCAUCCUACUUUAUUGCAUUGAGUGUUCGAGAGAGCGGAUUGGUUGAUUGAUGGUUGGGUGAGUGAGAGAGUUUAGUUGUGAAUACCUAGCUAGAAAGAAUCAUUGGAAGUUGGAAUAGUUUGACCUUUUAAAUGCGUAGAAGCUAUAUAUCUGCUGUAAUCCAA